CUGAACCGGGUCCCGGCCCGGCCAGGGUUCCGGGAGGAGACUCACCGGGCAGCCAAGCCCUGGCUUUCUCCCGAGUCCCGUGCUCCCGUCCAAGAUGAGUUCCACCUCCAGUGAGCCCGGCAAUGGGGAUGCUAUGGCGGAGCGGUCCCCGCUGGGGUUGGACACCGUGAUCCAGAGGCUGGAGGACACCGUCUUGAGUCCCACGGCCAGCAGAGAAGAUCGGGCGCUGACAGUACGUGGGGAAGGCUGGCCGGCUUUGCCCACGCCUGUGCCUGCCCGAAUCCGUGAGAUCGUGGCCGGCAACCUAGGGGACGAACCACACCAAGGGGCGCAGGAGCCGCUGGCCGCCUCGGGCCGCGUGCAGGAGGAGAACGAGCUCCUGCAGGAGGAGCUGUCCAGGCUGCAGAACCUGCUGGCCCAGGCAGGCUCGGAGCAGGACGAGCUGGCCAGCCGGUACCGCACGCUCAGGGAGCGGCUGCAGGCCCGUCUGGAGACCACCGAGGCCCGGCUGCGGAGGUCGGAGCUGGAGCACAGCGUGGACCUGGAGGAGGCCCUGGGCCGUUUAGAGGCCGCUGAGCAGAGGAGCACCGGACUCUCCCAGGUGAAUGCCCUUCUGCGGGAACAGCUGGAGCACAUGAAGAAGGCCAAUGACAGGCUGGCCGAGGAGCUGGCCAGGACAACGCACAGCGUGCUCCGUCUUCGGAGCGAGCUGGAGCUGAGGGAGACGCAGCACUGGACUGAGAGACAGAGCCAGAGCACACGCUCGGGGGGACCCCGAGUCUUCCUCCUCCUGUGGAGACAGGUCACCGCGCUCCGCAUACAGCUGGCCGAGCUGCGUGAGACCACAGAGAGGGGUCUCACUGGCAUGCGAGCGGAGGCGGCCAGGACGGCCUGGCGCCUGCAAACGGCCUGCCUGAACCUUGACUCCAACCUGCGGCUGUCGGCCGGCGGCGGGGAGGGCACCCGGGAACAGCAGGCCUCGCAGGCUGCACGACUAGAGCGGCAGCUACGGGACAAGGUGCAGGAGAUGCUCCAGCUGCAGGGCCACUGGGACACAGAGAAAGUGGCGCUCCAGGCCAGACUCUCUGAGCAGACGGUGCUGGUGGAGAAGCUCACAGAGCAAAACUCAGAGAAGGAGACAGCCAUCUGCUCGCUCAGGAUGCUCGUUCAGAAGCUGCGGUCCCGGCGCACCGGAGGCCAGCCGGCGGUGGGCACCUGGGAGGAGGAAGUCGAGUCCCUGCGGCGCGUUCUGGACAGUAUCACAGAGGUGGCCCGGGCGGACGCGGGGUGCCCAGAGCUGGCGCGGGGUGGCAGCGCCAAAGAUGAGGAGGCACGGGGCCUGCUGAGGAGGCCCACACGCUCGGCGUCCCCGCAGCGGCGCACGUCCCCACCACGGGCCCGCGCCCUGGACGCCCCGGACCCCGCACUGCAGGCCGUGCAGACAGCCAUCGAGAGGCGCCGGCUGCUGGAGCAGGAGCUGCGCCUGAGGCUGGAGUCCUCCCAGGCGGUGGCCUCCCGGCUCCGGGAGCAGCUGUCCGAGAGCCGGCAGGAGCUGCAGGUCCUCCAGGAGCGGGUGCUGGAGCAGGUGCGGGACCGCGAGGACCUCCUGCGCAAGCUGGAGACGCAGGGCCGGGAGGCACAGCACUGCAGGGCGACCAGCGAGAUCUUGCGAAGAGAGAAAAGGGCUCUGGAGACUGCGGUGGAGGAGAUGAGGGGGAAGGCGGCCGUUUCAGACGCAGAGAAGCAGCGGCUGGAGGCCGAGAACUCGGAGCUGCACAGGGGCCUCCUGCUGUGGGCAGAGCAGAAGGAAGAGCUGGUGCGGCAGGGCGAGCGGGGCCGCAGGGAGCUGGAGACCAGUCAAGGGCGCCUGGAGCAGCUGGAGGAGAAGGUCUCGGGGCUCAAGAAGGAGCUGGUGUCAGCCCAGGAGGCGCUGAACUCGGCCCGGCUGCAGAGGGAUGUUCUGGAGAGCGAGAGGGAGGGUCUGAGCAGAGCCCUGGCCCGGGCCGAGGCCAGCAGCACCGACCUGGAACUGCUCGUGACCCGGCUGAAGUCGGAGGGAGUGGAGCAAAGGGAAUCCCUGGCCAAGAUGGCUGCCCUGACCGAGGCACUGGCUCAGGACAAAGGCAGCCUGAGCCAGCUGGUCCUGCAGCUGGAGCAGGAGCGGGACCGGCUGCGGGAGCAGCAGAAGGCGCUGGAGCAGGGGCAGGCGGGCACCCGGGCGCGGCUGGCGCGGGCGGAGCGGCAGCUGGAGCUCGUGCAGUCGGAGCGCAGGGCCCUGCAGCAGGCCUGCGGGCGCCUGGAGGAGCGGCGGGAGCAGCUGGAAGGCCAGGCGGCCCGAUUCUGGCAGCAGCGGGCCCAGCUGCAGGAGCAGGUGGGACAGGUCACAUGCAAGAAACAGGCCCUGGAAGAGCAGCUGGCCCAGAGCCUGCAGGACCAGGAGGCCCAGAUGGACACUCUGCAGAGGACCCUGCAGGAGAAGGAGGCUUUGUCUGAGGAGCGGACCCAGCUGCUGGCAAAACAGGAGGCCCUGGAGAGGCAGGUCCAGCUCACAGCUGAGGAGGCAGCUGACCUCAGGGCCGAGAGGGACUCUCUGGAGAGCGGCCUCUUUGAGACCCAAGAGCUGUCAAUGCAGCUACGGGCACAGCGGGAACAGCUGGCGGGAGAGGCCCAGAGCGUGCGGCUGGCUCAGCAGGCCCUGCAAGUGGAAAUUCAGCAGCUGACAAGUACGUGGGAGGCCCAGGAGACAAAGCUACAGCGGGACAUGGGGCGGCUUCAGCGACAAGUGGCACAGCAGGAACGGGAGGCACAGCUGGCCCUGGAGAGCCAGGCACUGGCCCACCGCGAGGACCUGGCUCGGCUCCGCAGGGAGAAGGAGACGCUGAGUCUGUCUCUGACAGAGGAGAAGGAAGCGGCAGCUCGCCAGUUGGAACAGGAGAAGAAGCUGGUAGCAAAGAAUGCAGCCAAGAGGGAGGCUCUGAAGGAGGAAAUUCAGAGCCUGAAGCAUGAGAGGGAUGAGAGUCUCCUCCAACUGGAAUAUGAGAUGCAACAGGCCCUGUCACUGAAAGAGGCAGAGGGGAGGCUGCUGAGGGAAGAGCUCUCCAGGUCCAUGCAGGAGCUGGAGCGUGUGCGGCAGGAGGCCCAGAGCCACCACGAGCAAGCCGAGGCUGCCGUCAGCGCCACUACCGCGGAGCUGGAGGCCCUGCAGGCCCAGUUCGAGGAGGCCAUCUCAGCCCAUCGGAGAGAGGCCGUGGCCUUGGGCGAGAGUCUCCGGGAGAUGGCGGCAGAGCGAAGCGACGCCAGGAGAGAAGCUGAGAGGCUGCGGGCCCAGCUGGACGAGGCCCAGGAAGGGCUGGCCGUGCUGCGUCGGGAGCUGCAGGCCAGCGAGGAGAGCAGUGAGGGGCUUCGCAGGGAGGCCCUGGAGGUCCAGCGGGCACUGGGUGAUGAGGCCCGUGAGAAGGAAGUGCUGCAGCGUUCCAACACUGAGCUGCGGGCUGCGAUCCGCGGGGCUGAGCAGGAGAAGGCCAGUUUGCAGAGGUCCAAGGAAGAAGGGGAGCAGAAGGUGCUGGUCCUGGAGGAGGCCCGAGCCCUGGCCCAGAAGGAGGCCUGUGAGCUACGAGCCAGUCUGAGGGAGAUGGAGCAGGCACGGGCGGAGGCCCGCCGGGAGCUCCAGGAGCUGUGCAGACAGGUGAACAUACUGGAGGCUGAGAACCGGAGAAAGAGCCAAGAGGUGAUCCAGCUGCAGGUCCAGGGCGCACAGGACGCCCAGAAGCAGCAGCAGAGCCGGCAGGAGGUGCUGCAGCUGCAGAGGCUGGCCGCAGAGGCUGAGGCAGCACGCGACGGCACCCGGAGGGAGGCGCUGAGGCUGCAGCAGAAGCUGGCAGAGGUGGAGGCCGGUGCGGAGGCCCAGAAGAAGCAGCUGGAGGGGCGUCUCUACCAGAGCCAGGGGGCCGAGCAGACCCUCCGGGCUGAGCUUCGCAUCACCUCCGAGAAGCUAGAGCAGGCCGGCGCGGAGGCAGAGGGCCUGCAGGCUCGCCUGGACGAGGCCAGCCGCCAGAUCCACAGCCUGGAGCAGGAGCUGGCUCAGGCCGAGGGCGCCAGGCGGGAUUUGGAGGGCCAGCUGGGCCGGCUGUGGUCCACGCUAUGCCGUGGCCUGGGGCUCCAGGGACAGAGCCCCUCAGGCUCCCCCAAGCGGCCCAGCUUCCCCAAUAAAGGCUCAGAUGGCAUCCAGGCUCGCUCUCGGCGGCAGAGGGCCAGCCCCCCCGCCCGGUCCUGCUCACCACUGCGAUGGCCCUCACCUGCACCUGGGGUCCACAGCCCAGAGGUGGACGUGGCCUCCGUGCGAGACGCCCUGCAGGACUUCGUGCAGAAGCUGCGGGAUGCCCAGAGGGAACGGGACGACUGGCACUUCCAGGCCAUGAGCCUGAGCAGCCGGCUGAGUGAGGCGGAGAGCGAGUGUGCCCAGGCCAAGAGCCGCGUGAGGCAGCUGCAGAAGGCGCUGGCGGAGGCAGAGGAAGCUUGGCGCCAGGCGGAGGGAGAGUUGAGCAGCGCCCAGGCGGCACGAGCCCUGCAGGGGGCGGCGCUGCAGAGGCUGGAGCUGGAGCACUUGGCAAGCACGCGGGCGGCUGCAGGUGGGGAACGCGGCCAUGGAGACCUGGGGCCAGGGAGACUGGGGAAAUGGUCCUGGGUAGGGAGCAACCUGGCCCCCGUGGCAGAGCUGGCGGGGGCCGGAGGCAGGGCAGAUCCGCGGCCUCCCCGGCCUGUCCAUCUCUCUGUGGCCACACGGGAGCAACUGGACACGCUGCAAGGGGCCCUGGAGGAGAGCAGACGGCACAGCCAGGCCCUGGCCCAGAGAGGGAAGCUCCUAGAGGAGCAGGUCGCCCACCUGGAACGCAAAUGUCAGGAGGCCAAGGGCGCGCGGGAGCCCUUCCUGCAGAUGGAGCAGGAGAUGCUGAGGAGGGAAGGGGACAGGGCCCAGCCAGGGGUCGAGAAGGAACAAGGGCAGCAGGACGCGGACAGGGACCUGAGGCCAGACCAGCAGCUGCAGGUCAGCUGGGCCAGUGGGGCUUCGUGUGCCCUAGCCUGGGGGGUGGGCCAGGGCGGGUGCGUCCAGGUGGGUGUGGGUCUCAGAAGGGUGCCCACAUGCCCUCACGACCAUGCCUACACAGAUGGGAAGGACGGGCUGGACGGUCCCUACACUGGACAGAUAAGGAGACAUGGCCCCAGACGACAAUGGGGUCUACCAGGGUCACACCUCAAGUCCCAGACAGAAGUGGAACCAGGACCCAGGGCUCCAUGGACCCCUCCCAGUCUUCUCUCCGAGGCCCCGUGGUGGUGGUCUGCUUGCCAGUCCUGGGCUGGGGCCCGAGCCCGGCAGAGGGCACCCCAUUUGCCAAACCGUGAAGCCAAGGAGCAUGUAUUUCCUUAUUACCCUGAGUGCUUUUGCUGCCUGCGUGGAGCAGGGGGUCUGUCCACUGCAGGCAUGCAAGUCCCUCAGUCCCUAGGACCCGCACACGUGGUUGGCGUCCCCGUCUGGCAGCUGGCGAGCCCGUCGGCCUGCCUAAUGUUUCUCUCCCACACACGCCCCCUCCCCUCAGCAGCCACAGAGCUCUGCACACCCCGUGCCGGGGGGCCCUGGCCGCGGGGCCUGCCCUCCCCACCCAAGCUCCUGCCCUGUCCCCAGGUGGUCAGUCUGAAGAAGCAGCUGGACCAGGAGGUGCCUCGGCAGCAACGAGCCCGCCUCGGCCAGGCUUCCCAGGCCGAACAGUGAGCCCUGCUGCAGAAUGCCCCCUGGGCGGCCUGCCCACCACAGCCGUGACCAGCCAGAGGCAACGGAGCCCCCGCCAGGAACACAGAGGCCUCGUGCCAUCCCGAGAGCGUGGUGCGGGCA